AUGCAUCAUUUUGAAGCUCAUAUUCCACCAGCUAGACCGGUACUUUUAAUCAUGGAUUCUCACUCUACCCAUGUCAGCCAAGAUGUUAUAGAUUUCGCUACAAAAAAUGGCAUUCAUCUAUUCACUUUUCCAAGUCACACAAGCCAUCUCCUGCAACCUCUGGACGUUUCUGUUUACAAGUCACUGAAAAAUGCAUGGGCUAAAGUGCUAAAUGAUUAUAAGCUUCAACAUCCAACGAGUGCUCCAACAAGGCUUGACUUUUGUCGCCUAUUAACACCAGCCUACGAGCAUGCAUUUCAGCCGUCAAUAAUUAUGAACGGCUUUCGAAAAACUGGCAUUGCGCCAUUUGAUCGAAAUGCCAUUUCUGAUGAAAGUAUUGCCCCAUCAUUGAUGCAGCCAAGUGACCUACAGUCACAGAAUAUUGAAUCUUCCACUGAUAAUGCCCAAGCUUCUGCUGUCAAUCGUGAAACUGCGUCACCUUCAGUUUUCUCUUUACUUUCCGUUCCUGAGGUACCACAGUCUUCUUCUUCUAGUACCCGACGAGCUAAGCGGAAUCCACAGGCCCGAUAUUUAACACCUCAAAGCACGAACAACAUGGACAGUCCUGAAGAAAACAUCGUCGCCAUAUCAAACGAAACCACAGUCGCCGUUACCAGUGAGGAGACCGUUACCUCGAUUCGUGUCCCCUCUGCUUCUUCAACUCCUGGACCUUCAAAUGAAAGCAACCUGAAGCGUAAACUAACAAGAGUCAAGGUAGAGAAAACACCAAAAUCAAAUAAAAGUACGAUGUGUGACUAUUGCGGUGUUCACUACUCCCAAGACGUGGCACUUAGGAACGGAGCUGUAUGGGUAGAGUGCAUGAGCUGCGGCAAAUGGUACCACCAAGAAUGUACUGGCACAGAGUCGCCACAGUUCCUGUGUGAUAAUUGUGAUAAAGUAGACUUUUCAGGCACUGAUGACAGUGAUUGGGCACCUGAAUAG